GUACCGCUGGCCAGGCUACUUCCGGCAGCGCGAUGGCUGGGUUCCCGGGACUCAAACGGAAGUUCCGGCGGGGGCGGCCGAGGGGGAAGAGUGUGUGUCUGUGCAGGAGAAAGAGGAGAAUCGCCCGAGAGGUCUCGAAACCCGCAGGGAGUAGAGGCCCCAGCCGUGGAGCCUGCAGUGUAUGUGUGGUAACACCAUGUCUGUGCCCCUGCUCACCGAUGCUGCCACUGUGUCUGGAGCUGAGCGGGAAACGGCCGCGGUUAUUUUUUUACAUGGACUUGGAGACACAGGGCACAGCUGGGCUGACGCCCUCUCCACCAUCCGGCUCCCUCACGUCAAGUACAUCUGUCCCCAUGCACCCCGGAUCCCUGUGACACUCAACAUGAAGAUGGUGAUGCCCUCCUGGUUUGACCUGAUGGGGCUGAGUCCAGAUGCCCCAGAGGACGAGGCUGGCAUCAAGAAGGCAGCACAGAACAUCAAGGCCUUGAUUGAGCACGAGAUGAAGAAUGGGAUCCCUGCCAAUCGAAUCGUCCUGGGAGGCUUUUCACAGGGUGGGGCUCUGUCCCUCUACACCGCCCUUACCUGUCCCCACCCUCUGGCUGGCAUUGUGGCAUUGAGCUGUUGGCUGCCUCUGCACCGGGCCUUCCCCCAGGUCUUUUCUGGCCCACAGGCAGCCAAUGGCAGUGCCAAGGACUUGGCCAUCCUUCAGUGCCAUGGGGAGCUGGACCCCAUGGUUCCAGUACGGUUUGGGGCCCUGACGGCUGAGAAGCUCCGCUCUGUUGUCACACCCGCCAGGGUCCAGUUCAAGACUUACCCCGGUGUCAUGCACAGCUCCUGUCCUCAGGAGAUGGCAGCUGUGAAGGAGUUCCUUGAGAAGCUGCUGCCUCCUGUCUGACCGGAGGCAACAGCCCCCAGCGCAGCCCCCCAGCUCUUGGGGGUCCAGCACGCGCAGCACCAUCUUGGAUCUGAGCCGGUCGAGCCCCUGUCCCCACCAUCCCUGACCUGUCCUCUUCCCAUAGGCCUCUGGGGCAGGCAGGCCGAGGCCUGGCCAGGCCUUCCUUCCUGGCCUCAGCCACCUGGCUGUCUGCAGCAGGGGGUGGGCCGCCCACUUCUCCCGUGUCCCUGGAGGCGGGCCCCCCUGGCAGCAGUAUUGGAGGGGCUGUAGGCAGCGGGAGAAAGGGGCCCAGCCGCUGACCCACUCACUCAGGACCUCACUCACUAGCCCCGCUUUGGGCCCCCUCCUGUGACCUCAGGGUUUGGCCCCACCUACCACUCCACCCCCAAGUGAUUCUGCCCAGAUAAUCGUGGGUCUCUCCUCCUUCCCUCCAGCUGCUUCUCAAUCAUGAAUGUGUCCAUGGCCCUGGGCCCCCGUGCUGCUGUGGGCUACCUGCUCCUGGGCAGGGGUGUUGGUGAGGGGGCAGAGUCCUUCAAAGGGGGCCUUCCCUUAGCCUCCCCAACGCGGGGGCUGGGCCCUGCCUCCCUCUUACCCUGCUCCCCCGCGGGCCUGGAGCCUGCAGGGCUGGACUGAGGCUCAAGGUCUCCCCCAGCUGUCCCACCCCCACGUUGUCCCCACUCUAGGGCCAGGGGAGAGGUGGGGGAGGAGUUGUGUCUUGUCUUCUGUCUCCAUGUGGUUUUGGGUGUUUUUCUUGUUGUGUCCUGGAUUCCGAUAAAAUUAAAUUGCUUCAACUCUCA